GUGGAGUGUGGUGGUGGUGGUGGGCCAGUGUGGUGGAGACCAUCGUGGCCGCAGCAGCACCAUGGCGGGAACAGUGCUCCUGGUGUCCCUCAUGCUGGCCGCCAUUACAGGGGGCGUCGGGGCGGUGGACUGCUCGUGCGAGCAUGCCAGGUGCACGACGCUGGACCCCGUCGACUGCAGGAGCGGCGUGACCAAAGACAUGUGUGGCUGCUGCACGGUGUGCGCCGGGGUGCUGGGGGAGGAGUGUGGGGGCCCCUGGAACAUCUAUGGUGACUGUGGCACUGGUCUGGAGUGCCACCAGGACCCCUGCCCGACCACCACCGCUGAUACUGACUGUUUCCUCUUCUAUCUCACAGAGCCCGGCCAGUGUGUGGAGAAGAAGCGACGGUCCAUCCUCGACUUGUUCUCUGGCAUGAAUAAGGCUGGUGUUGAGGAGGUCCGCGAGCGACGCCGUCUGCGCCUUCUGCACCAACUGGAAAAGCUAAAGUAAAGGCACUCUGUAGGGAUGCUCCAGGCAGAGCUAGAACAAUAACAGGUGGAUAAUAACAGUGUCAAGAAGGUUCAAGAUGAACAAUGUAUCAAAAAGGUUCCAGAUGGACAGGGACAGUGUCAAAAUGAUUCCAGGUGGACAAUAACAGUAUCAAGAAUGGUUCAAGGUGGACAAUAACGAUGUCAACAAGGUUCCAGGUGGACAAUAAGUGUUAAAAAGGUUCAAAGUGGACAAUAACAGUGUCAAGAGGGUUCCAGGUGGACAAUAAGUGUCAAAAAGAUUCCAGGUGGACAAUAGUAAGAAUCUGGAACCAAGACAUUGACAUCUUACCGUCACGGGCUUUCACGACAACCAAUUGUCGAGUCUUAAGAUUUGUUCAGUGUGCACUUUCACUGAAAUCACCAAUUCUUAAGUUAAAAAUAUUCAAAUGGAAACCUUACCAGUAGGAAUAAUGGAAAAAUGACACUGUAAUUGGUAAGCAAUUCGUUGCUUAACAAGUUAACAUAACAACAUGGGUCAAAUAUAUUGUAUAUGUUUAUAUCACAUGAAAUGUGCAAAAUAUAAUAAUGAUAAUAUCAGAAGUAAUGCUGACACUAUUUAGAACAGUUCCGAAGGUCAAGGGUGGCCACAAUGAUCGGUCAAGGGUGGCUACAAUCAAGGGUGGAUGCAAUGACUGGUCAAGGGUGGCUACAAUGAGGGACAUGGCAGGACUGUACAUAACACCUAUAACCACACAGUCCCUACAGUGCACGUUACCAAUAUAAUUGUCACAGUCACAGUGACACAAACAAUAUUAUCGCCUGGUUAGUUUCCCUGUAAUUCAAAAUUAUUUAUUCAAGAUCAAAAUAAAGGUUUAAGUCAAAAUAUAUUUUUAUAAAAAUUUAUUGUACUGAUCACAAUAUGUAUUCUAAUAAAUAUAUAUAUAUGUA